UAGUGUGUGAAGCGACGUGUCUUCCGUGCGUAUCGUCUGGUAGCUUCAUCGAACACCUUUACCAAACGCCUGUACCGCAUUUCCUCGCCAAGUACCGAAGGGGUAUUACCCAGUGAAUUCAAAAUUAAAUCCUUACGCCGUUUGCUCUGCACCUUGACAUCGUACAACAUGUCCAGCCCGAAAGCUGAUAUUGCGCUGAUCGGUUUGGCCGUGAUGGGACAAAAUUUGAUCCUCAACAUGGACUCGAAGGGUUUUGUCGUUUGCGCUUACAAUCGUACCGUGGAUAAGGUUACCCAUUUCCUGGAGAAUGAAGCCAAAGGUACCAACAUCAUUGGGGCCACCUCGCUGCAAGAUAUGGUGAACAAGUUGAAGACACCACGCAAGAUUAUGAUGCUGGUAAAAGCCGGCAGUGCAGUAGAUGAUUUCAUUAACCAACUACUUCCGUUGAUCGAGAAGGGUGACGUGAUCAUUGACGGUGGUAACUCGGAACAUCAGGACUCGGCCCGUCGUUAUGAGGAGCUGAAGGCAAAGGGUAUCCUGUACGUGGGCUCGGGUGUAAGCGGUGGGGAGGAAGGUGCCCGCUAUGGGCCAUCCCUAAUGCCCGGAGGACAUCCAGACGCUUGGCCGUUGAUUAAAGAUAUCUUCCAGGCAAUUUGUGCCAAAUCGAAUGGUGACCCAUGCUGCGAGUGGGUUGGCGAAGGAGGUGCUGGUCACUUCGUGAAGAUGGUACACAAUGGCAUCGAGUACGGUGAUAUGCAGCUCAUCUGCGAAGCGUACCAUCUAAUGCUCGCUCUCGGAAUGACACAGAAGGAGAUGGCACAGGAAUUCGACGAAUGGAACAAGGGUGUUCUGGAUUCGUUCCUGAUUGAAAUCACUCGCGACAUUCUAAAUUACCGGGACGAGGAGGGCUAUCUGCUGGAACGCAUCCGUGACACGGCCGGACAGAAGGGUACGGGCAAAUGGACAGCGAUCGCCGCACUUCAUCAUGGUGUACCAGUUACGUUGAUCGGUGAAGCCGUAUUCUCACGUUGUUUGUCUGCACUGAAGGAGGAACGCGCUCGUGCUAGUAAACAGCUUGCAGGACCCAGCACCAAAGCUUCCGUGACUGAUCGCAAAAAAUUCCUUACGCACAUCCGCAAUGCACUGUACUGCGCCAAGAUCGUUUCUUACGCCCAAGGAUUCAUGCUUCUGCGGGAAGCUGCGAACGAGUACAAGUGGAACCUAAACUACGGUGGGAUUGCACUGAUGUGGCGUGGCGGUUGCAUCAUUCGCAGCGUGUUCCUUGGCAACAUUCGCGAUGCGUUUGUGAGAAAUCCACUACUGACGAACUUGUUGCUGGAUGAUUUCUUUAAGAAAGCCAUGAUGGAUAACCAGCAGUCGUGGCGUGAGGUGGUGAGCCAAGCUGUGCUGUGGGGUGUGCCAGUGCCGGCCCUAUCGGCUGCACUCGCCUUCUUCGACGGGUACCGUUCGGAGCGUUUGCCCGCCAACUUGUUGCAGGCACAGCGUGACUAUUUCGGUGCCCACACAUACGAGCUGCUGGGUAAAGAGGGUAAAUUCGUACACACUAACUGGACCGGUAAGGGUGGUAACGUUUCCGCCAGUACCUAUUUGGCUUAAGCGGGCUGUUUAACCGGUGGAACGGUAGAUCAAUAAUACUUAUUAACUUUCGCACGUCAGAAAGCGCUCCAUUCCAUCAUCAUAAAAUUAAAUCUCCUUCCCGAGAACAGUGUUGCAUGUUUGGCAUUGUUUUUUUUUCUUUGGCUCAUCGAUUUCGAUGCACCCACACGUUUUAGGUGCAUCAGUUUAUUUAUUGUUGUAUAUUUUUGUACUCUGUUUUUCUUGUAAUAAAAAAUCAUGUUGAACCCGAA